UCUUUACUCCAUUCUCUCUGUGUUGCCGGUUGGGCGGAACAGCUUUCGAGUCGACCCACUUGGUUUCUAGGAACAGCUGACAGACGACGCACAUUAUCUUGUGUGUCCCCCCUCCCCUCCCGACAAAUUUAUUUGUCACUUUCGACGGUUCCCCACAAACUGUUUUGUUCGCAAUGGCAGAGCGAGAGGAAUGCGUUUACCAGGCAAAAAUCGCUGAGCAGGCCGAGCGAUAUGACGAAAUGGUGUUGUUUAUGAAGAACGUGGCGGGCAUGGAUGUGGAGCUCACAGUGGAAGAGAGGAACCUCCUAUCAGUGGCUUACAAGAAUGUGAUUGGUGCUAGGAGAGCUUCCUGGAGGAUAAUCAGCAGCAUUGAACAGAAGGAUGAGAGCAAGGGUGAAGAAGAAAAACUGAAGAUGGUCCGGGAAUACAGGAAAACGGUUGAGGAUGAGCUUAAGUCGAUCUGUGGUGACAUUCUGGAGGCAUUGGAAAGGCACCUACUCCCCUCUGCUGUUGCUGGAGAGUCUAAAGUCUUCUACAACAAAAUGAAGGGUGACUACCACAGAUACCUGGCAGAGUUUGCUACAGGCAACGGCAGAAAGGAAGCAGCAGAGCAGAGCCUGGUGGCCUACAAAACUGCUACUGAUCUUGCCACGCAAGAGCUGCCACCCACACACCCGAUUCGCCUUGGUCUCGCUCUCAACUUCUCAGUCUUCUACUAUGAGAUCCUCAACUCACCUGAUCGCGCUUGCAGGUUGGCAAAGGCUGCGUUUGAUGACGCGAUUGCAGAACUGGACACGCUGAGUGAAGAUAGCUACAAGGACUCCACACUUAUCAUGCAGUUGUUACGCGACAACCUGACACUAUGGACUUCGGAUAUGCAGGGAGAAGGAGAAGAACAGACCACAGAGGCACUGCAAGAUGUGGAGGAUGACGCACAGACUUAGAGAAGAAGACGUUGCCACUAACAGCCACAACUUGUGACCCCAAAAAAACCCAUCCCACCCACCCACCUCACACUCCUUGACUUCCUUGUUUGUCCCACCCUCUUUUCUCUUCCGCCUCUUUUCCCUUCCCACUCUUCAGCCUCUGCUAUUCCAGGACCCAACAGGGUCCUGGAGUUGAUAAACUUGGUUUUCUGUCUUUUUUAAAAUAUAUUAGUCCUUACACCAUUGCAGAAGAUACCACUUCAUUCAGUCAGGAAAUAUAAUGUUUGAGAGACAAAGAGGAACCCCCCCCCCCCUUUUUUUUUUUAAAUUUGUUUUGGUUUGUUUUUUUUGGUCCUGGUACAAGCAGUUUUGUUACCUUUUGCUUUGUUUCUUUUAUUCUUUUCCUCAAUAUUUUUAUCAGUUGCUGGAUGUAUUGAGAAUCUUUCUUAAUGUAAUUACAGAAAUUAACUUUUAUUACUGAAAAUGUUGACUAUUAGUUAAUGGGAGUGAUUUUAUCUUUGUUUUUAGUGACUCAAUGUAACUUUUUAAUGGGCACACUUUGGAGAACUGCGUGUCUUUAUUUUGUUAGUUUUUGAGAGGACGUUGGCAACAUUUGCGAUAUCCAAGUGGGGCAAAGAAGUACUUCUACACCGUAGUUUCCCCCCCCCCCCCCUCUUCUGUUUAAUGUAAGGUCUUUGGACUGUACAUUGUGCUCAAUACUGUAACAGUGCACAUACGCCUGAAGGUUGCAUUAUCACUCGUUUAAAUUAGGGGUACAAAAAAAGACAAGUAUCAGUUUGGCCCCACUCCUUCGUAGACGGCCCAAAAAAAUGAUGGUUGUUAGCGCUUGCAAGUGUUCUUUUAGGCAGCUUUCCCCAACUUUUUACUAAAGCUUCUUUUGGUUCUGAGCAUCUUUGACUGCAGGUUAUUUUGCUGCUUUAGUUUUGCUGCAUCGUGUAACUUGGAGCUGAUUUGUACUACUGGAUAUCUGACUGGAGCCACAGACGGAAUCUGUAUUGUUCUUACUGAAACAAAGCAUGGAAUUAACAUUAAACAAUCUAAAUUAAAGAGAACAA